AGAGGUCCCGCUGCCUGUGAACAUCUUCGACGCCUCCACCUCUUUCUCUUUCUUUAUAGUCCAGUCUGCGGCGGCCCCAUUCGGGUAUCUAGCAGUUUUGACGUUGACAUUGCUAAGGGUCUGAAGAGGGCCAGCCAGGAACCCCGUCUGCAAAUAAAGCUUUUUUGUAAUUAAAGUGAAGUCUUGUAGCUAGUAUCGUGUGCGAUGUGGAGGUUUAUCUUUUUGGCCGCUCUCGCCGGGUGUACUCAGGCCAGUGAUGUACUGGAGUACACGGAUGACGAUUUCGAAAGCAAGAUUGGGGACCAUGAACUCAUUCUUGUGGAAUUUUUUGCACCUUGGUGUGGUCAUUGUAAACGUCUUGCACCUGAGUACGAAGCAGCAGCCACACGUCUGAAAGGCAUUGUUUCAGUGGCCAAGGUUGACUGCACAGCUAACAGUAACACAUGCAGCAAAUAUGGUGUCAGUGGCUAUCCAACCCUUAAGAUCUUUAGGGAUGGAGAGGAAUCGGGCCCCUAUGACGGGCCGAGGACAGCAGAUGGGAUUGUCAGUUUCCUGAAGAAGCAAGCUGGCCCAGCUUCUGUGGAGCUCAAGACUGAUGCAGAUUUUGAGAAGUUUUUGGCAGAUCAAGAUGCAAGCGUUGUUGGGUUCUUUGCUGAUGACAAGAGCACAGCACAGGCUGCAUUCCUUAAGGCAGCCAGUGCCAUGAGGGACAACUAUCGCUUUGCUCACACCAACUCUGAAGCUCUCCUCCAAAGCAACGGCAUUGAUGGAGAGGGUGUAAUCCUGUUCCGUCCACCACGCCUCAACAACAAGUUUGAAGACAGUUCAGUCAAAUUCAGUGAUGACAAAUUCACCCACAACAAAAUUAAGGGAUUCAUCCAGGACAACAUCUUUGGAAUCUGUCCCCACAUGACGGAUGACAACAAAGACCAGCUGAAGGGGAAAGACCUGCUGGUGGCUUAUUAUGAUGUUGAUUAUGACAAAAACCCCAAAGGGUCUAACUACUGGAGGAACAGGGUGAUGAAGGUGGCAAAAAGCUUCCUGGAUCAGGGAAAGAAGUUGAACUUUGCCGUGGCCAACAAGAACGUGUUCAACCAUGAGGUGUCUGAGUUCGGCUUGGACACCAGCUCAGGAGAACUGCCCAUUGUGGCCAUCCGCACCGCCAAAGGAGACAAAUUCGUUAUGACUGAGGAGUUCUCCCGAGAUGGUAAAGCUCUGGAGCGUUUCCUGCAGGACUACUUUGAUGGCAAAUUGAAGCGCUACCUCAAAUCAGAACCCAUUCCCGAGAACAACGACGGACCUGUUAAGGUCUUGGUGGCAGAGAAUUUUGACUCCAUUGUCAACGACGACAACAAAGACGUGCUGAUUGAAUUCUAUGCUCCGUGGUGCGGACACUGCAAGAGCCUGGAGCCCAAGUACAAUGAGCUGGGAGAGAAGCUGGCCGAUGAUCCCAACGUUGUCAUUGCCAAGAUGGAUGCCACCGCCAAUGAUGUGCCAUCUCCUUAUGAAGUCAGCGGUUUCCCAACAAUCUACUUCUCUCCAGCUGGACGUAAAAUGAGCCCAAAGAGAUAUGAGGGGGGACGUGAGGUGAGCGACUUCAUCUCUUACCUGAAGAGAGAAGCUUCCAACCCCUUGGUGAUGCAGGAGGAGCCCAAGAAGAAGAAAAAGCAGGGCAAGCCAGAGCUAUAAAAGCCUCCAAACAGAAACUCGACACCUCCCCAUACCAAGAGAAGAAGGAGGCUUGGGGAAAGAGGAAGAACUAAAUUAUAUUCCACGCAUAGUGAACUACCGAAUGCUCUGAAGCCGAAUUCAAAAAUGCCCGGCCUUCCCUUUAGGUCCUCUGCUGCUCUGGGAAUACUGUGGAAAGUGAAGAGGUGGUGGCCAGGGUCUGCCCAAUGCUUAAAAACUAAAUUUUUAGGGAAGAGGGAACAACUUUUGAAAAAUUGAGAUUUCUAUUUCCUCUGGUCUGUCUACUACACCUCAGACUGAUGCACUUUGGUUUGACACCAGUUUCCAGUCAUCUGUCAGUUUUCUUUUUCUUUUUUCUCGUCAUCACUGUUGAUUUUUUUUUUCUUUCUUUUGUAACCGGUCCUUUUUU